CUUGUGGGGGUUCCCUUGUAUAAGAGAAUUUUUUUUUUUCUUUUGUUGCUUUUAAAAUUCUUUCUUUGUCUUUGAUUUCAGACAGUUAUAUUAUGAUGCAUCUUGGAGAAGAUUGUUUGGAUUGAUAUUUUGGAGUGACCUAUUAGCUUCAAGAACUUGGAAGUCCAAAUCUCUCUCUAGGUUUAGGAACCUUUCAGCCAUUAUUUUUUUUUGAAUAAGCUUUCUACACUUUUCUCCCUCUCUUCUCCUUCUGGGACUCCAAUGAUACAUAUAUUGUUUCUUUUAAUGGUGUCCCCUAAGUUUUGUAGGCUUUAUUACUUUCCAGUCUUUUUCUUUUCUCUCCUGAUUGGAUAAUUUCAAUUGUUCCCUCUUUGAGCUCACCUUUUCAUUCUUCUGAUAGAUCAAGUCUUUUGUUGGAGAUUUCUAUUGAGUUCUUUAGUUCAAUCAUUGUAUGCUUCAGCUCCAAAAUUCCUAUUUGGUUCUGCUUUUUAUGUUUUCUAUCUCUUCACUAAACUUCUCAUUUUGUUCUUGUAUUGUUUUCCUAAUAUCAUUAAAUUAUUUAUCUGUGUUCUCCUAUAGCAAUUUGAGCAUCUUUAGAGCAUUACUUUGAAUUCUUUGUCAGGUGAUUACUGGAUCUCCAUUUCCUUGGGGCCAGUUACUGGAGGUUUACCGUAUUCCUUUGGUGGAGUCAUGUUUCCCUGAUUGUGUGUGAUUCCUGUAGCCUUCUGUAGGUGUCCGUGCAUCUGAAGAAAGUCACCUCUUCCAGACUUUAGGGGCUGACUUCAGUAAGGGAAGACUUUCACCUGUGGGUAGGGGCUCUCUAGAGUAUGCUGGGACUCUGGGUCUGGUAGUUCAGGGCACCAAGUGCAAGGGUUUGUGACUGCACUGAUCCAGUGAGGCAAAAGCUGAUGAAAUCUCCAGGGGGUCUGUGGUGACUGCACUAGCCGUUAAUUUAUUCUGUGGUGAAAUUUCCCAGGUCAGGAAAGCCACUGUGAGCUGUGAUUGCUCCUGCUGUGUGGCUGCUCUUGGUAGCCCCUGCUUUUCUUCCUUGUUCCUGGCCAUUUCUACAUGUCUCAGUUUUGCUGGUCUGGGUGGAGUGAAGCUAAAGUGGAACACUUGUGUAGUGCCCUGGAAGGCUGGAGAAGCUGGUUGCUUACCCUUCUCUUUCUUUCCUGAUGCGGGGAACUCUUUCUAGCUGGGAAGUUCCCUCUUGGAGCUGAACAAAGUUAUCUUGGGGAUGGGAUGUUACAAGCAUAAUCUUCCUUCCAAGUUGUCUUCCUUCUAUCCUUGUGCAGUUGUUCUCAGUUUUUUGUUCCGCCAUGCUGCUAAAGUCUCUUAAGUAGGCUCUGGAGCUCUCCUAGAGUUAUUUUUUUUCAUGGAUAGCAUUCUAAUUGUUGAUUUCUGUAGGGAGGUAGAGGCUGGGGUGUCCUACUUUGCCUUUUUGGUGCUGUAACUCCAUUCUCUUCAAGACUAUUCAAUGGUUUCAGUUACCCACAGUCAGCUGCGGUGCAGAAGCAGAUGAUCCUCCUUCUGAGCUAUCAUCAGGAGGUCAGUAGUGGCCUAAUGCUACAACACGAUGCCUACAUCAUUCACUCCACCUCCUCUCAUCAUGUAGGCAUUUUAUCAUCUAACAUCAUCACAAGAAGGGGAAGGACAGAUCUCUGCCAUGUGGCUGUACCUGGCGGCCCUUGUGGGCCUGUGCUACCUCCUGCGCUGGUACCGGGAGAGGCAGGUGGUGAGCAACCUCCGAGACAAGUACGUCUUCAUCACAGGCUGUGACUCGGGCUUUGGGAAUCAGCUGGCCAGGCAGCUGGACCUGCGAGGCUUGAGGGUGCUGGCCGCGUGUCUGACGGAGAAGGGGGCCAAGCAGUUGAGGGACCAGACGUCAGACAGGCUGGAGACGGUGAUCCUGGAUGUGACCAAGACAGAGAGCAUUGCUGCAGCCACCCAGUGGGUGAAGGAGCGCACAGGGGACAGAGGCCUGUGGGGUUUGGUGAACAAUGCUGGCAUUGGUGUGCCAGCUGCACCGAAUGAAUGGCUGACCAAAGAUGAUUUCUUGAAAAUAUUGAACGUGAACUUGAUCGGCCUCAUCGAGGUGACCCUGAGCUUGCUUCCCCUGAUCAGAAAGACCAGGGGAAGAGUAGUCAAUGUUUCUAGCCCAGCUGGGAGACUAUCUGUGCUUGGUGGUGGCUACUGCAUUUCCAAGUUCGGUGUAGAAGCUUUUUCUGACAGCCUGAGAAGAGAGCUUUGUCCCUUUGGUGUUCGUGUUGCUAUCAUAGUACCCGGGAACUUUAAAACAUCCAUUUGCCCUGACAAUGUACAGGAUCUACUCAAGGGGCUCUGGAGCCAAGCGUCCCCAGAGGUGAAGAAGAGCUAUGGAGACAAGUACUUCGAAGGCUAUUGCCAGUAUUACAAUAAACUCACAUCUCUAGGACAGAAGGAUCUGAGCCUGGUCACCAACUGCAUGGAGCACGCCCUGACCGCCGUCCACCCUCGUAUCCACUACUCUGCUGGCUGGGACGCCGUAUGCUUCACUCUCCCUCUGUCUUAUUUACCAACAUCUGUGGCGGACUUUAUUCUUAGUCUUUUUGCAAAUGCGGUCAGGCCCGCUGAUGCUGUGUAGUCUGCGAGUUUGGCCUACACAGCUGAUUCUAGAUGGGGGGGCAAAAGGUCAGGUUUCCUCCUGGGAGGAGAAAGAACCAGGGGAACACGCAGCUGUCUACUUCAGCUGGUUCCUAGAGGCCCUGUCACAUUUUAGUUCACAAAUUCCCAGAUAACUUCUCUCAAAAACUACUUGGUGAGCACCUCCCACGUUCCAGGCACAGUUCCAGGUGCUGAAGAUUCACGCACACCCAAAACAAAGAUUCCUGCCUCGUAGUACUCAGAUUCUGGCCAGAUCAUCCCAGUGCAGGAUGACUCUGCUGAGAGAAUUAUUAAAACUCAAAGGGCCAUGGGGUCUCUUAACUGCUGUAAAAGAUAUGUGCAAGGUCAUAGCUCCUAACUAGAAAAUCAUACAUGAUUGGUGACAUUGUAUUUCAGAUAUAAAUUCUUUUCUUUCUUUAGCAGUUUUUUUUUUGUACCUUGGCUUUCUGAAAAUUAAUCAUUAAAUUAUUUUCUCAAAUAAAGUAAUAAGUUAAAUAACUUAGUCCUUUUCUUCUAAACUCUUAAUACUGAGACUUAAGUACCCCUGCCCGGAUUCUCUGGCAGUGACCAUCUCCUGACUCUCCUGUGAAAGCCUUCCCACGUCCUUGCCUUGUUUUUGACCCCUGCUCUGCCACUGACCGACCUCACUCUCCUGCCCCCACCCACUCCUCUCAGUUCUGCCCCUCCCUCCCUAGCUUUGGGGGAGUAAGCUGGGUGUCAGGAGCUUUGGGAGUCAAAAGGGCUGAGGUGAGGCCCCAGCUCUGCUGCCUCCAACUGUGUAGCUCUGGGCAAAGGAACUGCUCCUGCCUCUUCCCUCAUCUCUUAAAUGAGAAGAAUAUUGCCCCACAGGUUUGUUUCAAGAGUUCAAAUAGAAGAUAAACUGACGUGCUCAUAAAUGGGUCCUUCCUUAGCCCUCUGGAGGAUGUUCAGGGGAGUUACGCUUCAAAUAUUCUAAAACACUCAUUUAUCCUGGUGUCUCUUGUGGCAAUUUCUAAUUGGAUGAUGUUUUGUGCCUGUCACACUAGGUCCACUUCUUAACAUAUCUAGGUCAUACGAUAAUACUAUGAGGUAGGUGUCCUCUUAUUAUCCCGACUUGAUGAUGUGAAAACUGAAACUGAGAGAGGCUCAGUUCUCAGAAUUCUGAGAAUCCCCAGCUCAGAGCAGGGACUGUCUCAGGUCUCCUGACCUCAGAUCCCAAGGCUGCCUAAAUGGAUGAGUAGAGCUCUGGUGCUGUGCCAACCUUUCUGUUCCUACAGUGAUAGAACUAUGCUUUUCUCAUAUUGAAAACUUUUGCAUUUGAUGUCUCAUGCAGACUGUCCUUAGGGAUUUCAAAGAGAAAAUAACGUCUCUACUGGAAUUAUUGCUAUGUUUGGAGACAUGGGA